CAGACAGACCGACUGCAGCCGGCGGCAGGCUCCCUGCCUUUGUUAGCAGAAAGGUUGGAAAGCACCAAGAAAGGACGCAGCCGCAUCCAUGCAAUAGCACACUUUUAUUGGAAAAUGAUCAUCUGUACGAAUAAAAUGGAGUACCCCCUGAGAACCCAGUGCCAGCGAGUCCAGAAACAGGUAAUGGUGAACAGUGAGAAGGAGCGAGUGUCGCUGCUGUUCAUGAAGGCUCUGGUCAGCAGGGGUAGUGUGGAUGCCGUGUCCCAGCAGAUGGCGCCUCACCCCCAGUACUUGGAGAGCUUCCUGCGCACACAGCACUACAUCCUGCACAUGGACGGCCCCUUGCCGCUGCCAUACCGCCAUUAUAUCGCCAUCAUGGCUGCAGCACGACAUCACUGCAACUACCUGGUGUACCUGCACUCAGCACAGUUUCUGAGGGUGGGUGGGGACCCUCUGUGGCUGCAGGGUUUGGAGGCGGCACCCCCUCGCCUUCGUCUGCUUGACCACAUCAACAAAGUGCUGGCCCACCAACCCUGGCUCACCGCCUGCUCACACAUCCAGACGCUGCUGAAGUCCGGUGAGCAGUGCUGGUCGCUGGCUGAGCUGGUGCAGGCCGUAGUGAUCCUGGCUCACUGCCACUCCCUCUGCAGCUUUGUGUUUGGAUGCGACACAGACUCAGACUUUGUCCCUCUCUCUAAAUCUCCUAACGGUACCCCGCCGACCUUCUGCCCCUUUGAUGCUGCCAACGGCAACACCAAUGUGCCUCAGUUGCUUGCCGCUCCCUCUGAACACAUAACACGACGACGGUCUCUGGACUCCAGUUGUGACAUGGUGUGUCUGAAGGAGAGGAUCCAGAAGUCCCAGGAGGAGCGCGAGAAGCGAGAAGAGCGCCUUCUGCAGACACAGACACUCCAGCAAACAGACAUGGAAGAAGAGGAGGAGAUGAUUUGCUUUGCAGAUCCGUCACGUUUUAUCACAGACCCUGACUUUUGCUAUCAGGAGUUUGCUCGCAGGGAGGAGGACCACUUCCAAGUAUUUAGAGUUCAGGACUAUUCAUGGGAAGACCACGGCUUCUCCUUAGUCAACAGACUGUAUUCGGACAUCGGGCACCUCUUGGACGACAGAUUCAGGAGCGUGACCACCCUCCCCUCGCUGCACAGCCCCGACAUGAAGAGGGCGAUCUGGAACUACAUCCACUGUGUGUUAGGAAUACGCUAUGACGAUUAUGAUUACGGAGAAGUGAACCAGUUGCUGGAGCGAGAUUUAAAGCUGUACAUCAAGGCUGUUGCCUGUUUUCCGGAUGCCACCAAAACUUCAGUGUGUCCGCUGAGUUUGACUCCCAUUAAAACUUCAGAGCGGAUACACGUAAAUCUACUAAUCAUGGAGGCCCGGCUGCAGGCAGAGCUGCUGUACGCCCUCAGAGCCAUCACUCAGUACAUGAUUGCCUAAGUGCUCGGAGAGACACGAAGUUAAAACUCUCCGCCGGUACACAGAGACCCAGAGACACGAGGAUAAAGACAUCUCAACAUCUGACGGGGACGCGGGACGAGAGCGGCACUUUAAAGGACACAGAGCUCCUUUUGUUUGUAGCCGUGUCUCAUGAAUGUGCUUUUCUUUUUCUCAGAGUUAAUGUAUUUAUGCCAUAGUGUGCCACAGCCCCUCCUCAACCCUCCUGCAAAUCGUCUUAUUGUGAAGUCCUCUUAUCAAACGUCUCGGCUCUCAACGGUUAUGUGCAAUUAUGACUAGUUAUUUUAAUUUUUACCUGUUGUCUUGUUUUCCAGUUAUGUCUGUGUUACCAGUGGCCAACAUUUUUAGUUGGAGUCUCCUUUUGUAAAAAACUAUGCUUUCCCCCCCAAAAAAACCUUUUUGUAUAAGUUGAAUGAAUGUUAAGGGGAGACCAGGGCCUUCGUUUUGUUUUGUUUGGGUUUUUUUUUUUUUUUUGGACAAUCCUUGUCAGUGUUGGAAAACAUUAAGUGGACUGUGAAGGACGACGGUUCUGCUCUCCCUGACAUUUCGUAUUAAUGCUGGUCAAGAACAAACAAAACAGUGACACUGCUGGAAGUCAUCACAUCACUAUAGUUUCUUUUAAUAAGCACUUUUUUAAACUUUAUAUAUUUAUAAUGCAAUGUAGCUCAUUAGUAGACAUUGAGACACAGAGUUUGUGGGUCUGAUAACUUUCCUCUCCACUGUAAGAUGUGUAAGAUUUUUAGACUAUUUGUCCUCAAACUUUCAGACUUUGCCCCAGAUUUCAGAGUGAAGGUACUUGAUUCAAAGUAUUUCAUUGAAUUAUUGUUUUUCUGUUACUCUCAGUUCAGUGCCGACACAAAGAAGGAUUUUGAAGGUAGUGUUUGAAAAACCUAAGAAAAUUUGUAACUAAUCUGAAGAAGUCAGUGAGCUGUUUCCGACAGCGACAAUUAAGCUGAGCCAUUCACAGGAUAAUUUUGUUUUUUACUGACGUCCUUCAGAAGUGAUCGAAUCAGAGCCUGAGUUUCAGACCAAAGGUCAGUAAAAAUGUUCACUAAAGUGAAGUAAUAAAUUGGAUAGAUUGAAAACGUCCAGAAGUAGAUCUGCGCUGGUCAUGAGUUCAGAUGUUUUCUCCAAGCUUUGUGUUAAAGCUUUUAUUUGUGAGCUGUAUCAAAGUUAAUUAUCAAGUCAAAAUCCACGGUACAAUUUGCAAAGCAGAACAAUGUGCAAACUAGCUGUUAAAAACACGUGUAUCUCUUUUGUCUUUUUUUUAUUUUUACAGUUUUUGUAAACUUUGGAGUACUUUGUUUGUUUCUGGGUGUGACGGUAGGACCUUCUUGUCGUGCUGCAGCCUGGGUAGACGUAGAGGUGUGACACAGUUAGAAUUAGUACCUGCAGGACGUAGAAUAGAAACAGAAGUGCAUAUCGACAAAAGCAAAAGCGCUGUUACACAGGUGCCUUCAGGCUAAAACUGGAGUGCUGCUGAAGUGGAGGGAUGUGACUACUGGAGGCUGAAUGUGGGCUUUAGUUGCAGCUGGGAAACACGCCCACUUGAAAAAACUUGGGGCAUUUCCCUCAUGAUUGGGAACGUUUUUCUUUCUUGGUGUUGCUCAGCACCAUUUCUGAUAACUGUUGCAGCUGUGAACGCCCGUGUUUUCUAUCAGACACCUUCUACAAGCCCCAGCAACUCAGCAAGAGCCUUUGACACAGAUGGAUGUUAAAAAUGUUCAACUUUAGCAGAUUUAAACAAAAAAAAAAAAAAAAAGGACAAUUAUUUAAAAAAAGCAACUAAAAAAAGAGAACACAUGAAAAGACAAAAAAAUGUUUUUUGAAAAUGUGAAGAAAUGUUUUCUAUAAAGAUGCUCUAUGAAAAUAA